CGGUGCGGCUCGAGCCCCGGUGCGGGCAUGGCGGCGGCGUCGCCGGCGCGAGAGCUCACGCAGAACCCCCUGCAGAAGAUCUGGGUGCCUUACAACAACGGGCUCCCGGCGAAGCACAGCGCGCAACGCGGGGUAUGUAUGACCAAUUGUCCGACGCUAAUUGUUAUGGUUGGCCUCCCAGCAAGAGGGAAAACUUACAUCUCAAAAAAAUUGACACGCUACUUAAAUUGGAUUGGAGUGCCUACAAAAGAAUUUAAUGUUGGCCAGUAUCGCCGAGACUUGGUAAAAACGUACAAGUCCUUUGAGUUUUUCCUGCCGGAUAAUACAGAAGGCCUGAAAAUCCGAAAGAAGUGUGCCUUAGCAGCACUGAAUGAUGUUCAUCGGUAUCUCAGUGAAGAAAAAGGGCAUGUGGCAGUUUUUGACGCCACAAACACUACAAGAGAACGCAGAGAAACCAUCUAUAAGUUUGGGGAAGAGAACGGGUACAAGACCUUUUUUGUUGAGUCGGUAUGUGUUGAUCCAGAAGUCAUUGCUGCAAAUAUUGUGCAAGUGAAACUGGGCAGUCCUGAUUAUAUUGACUGCAGUAGUGAUGAAGCUACGGAAGACUUCAUGAAAAGAAUUGAGUGUUACAAGAAUUCAUAUGAGACACUAGAUGAAACCUUAGACAAGGAUCUUUCUUAUAUUAAAAUCAUGGAUGUUGGAAGGAGUUACCUUGUGAACCGAGUAAUGGACCACAUCCAAAGUCGGAUUGUUUACUACCUCAUGAAUAUCCACGUAACUCCUCGUUCCAUCUACCUCUGUCGUCAUGGAGAAAGCGAACUAAAUCUGAAGGGAAGGAUAGGAGGAGACACAGGAUUGUCCCGCAGAGGAAAAGAGUUUGCCAAGGGCCUGGCACAAUUUAUUAAUGAACAAAACAUCAAAGACCUGAAAGUGUGGACAAGCCAGAUGAAAAGGACCAUUCAGACCGCAGAGGCUUUGGGAGUGCCUUAUGAGCAGUGGAAAGUUUUGAAUGAAAUAGAUGCGGGAGUCUGUGAAGAAAUGAUGUAUGAAGAAAUUCAAGAAAAUUUUCCAUUAGAAUUUGCUUUGAGAGACCAGGAUAAAUACAGAUAUAGAUAUCCUAAAGGAGAGUCCUACGAAGAUCUUGUUCAAAGAUUGGAACCAGUAAUUAUGGAAUUGGAAAGGCAGGAAAAUGUGCUUGUAAUCUGUCAUCAAGCUGUUAUGCGCUGUCUGAUUGCUUACUUUCUGGACAAGCCUGCAGAACAACUGCCUUAUCUCAAGUGCCCACUGCAUACUGUCUUAAAGCUAACCCCAGUGGCUUAUGGUUGCAAGGUAGAAUCUAUAUUUCUGAAUGUUGAAGCUGUAAAUACGCACAGAGACAAACCACAGAAUGUAGACAUUUCAAGACCUCCCGAGGAAGCCCUUGUAACUGUCCCCGCUCACCAGUGAAUCCUGUGUCCUGAUCAGCUAUGAAACCUGUGAAUGUAUGCAUUACCCGCUCACGAGAGGAAGCCUUGAAGACAGUACCAAAUCAUUUGUAGCUCCCUUGACCGACACCACCGUCCCAAACUGCUGAAGCAGUGUUUAAGGAAACAACUCAGGGACAUAAGAACAAACAGCCUACAAGAAAGCCAAGCAGCGACGAAAAAAAAUUCAUACACUCCUCUCUUUGAAUGUGUUUUCCUUCCUUGAGAGAAGGUGGGCUUGGCAUUAGAGAUUGAAAUGUACCAAGUAUUUAUGGAACAUGGAAUGAAAUUGCUUUUAAAUUAAUAUAUGUUAUUU